AGGGAGAAACGCCGCGGUUUCUUACUCCGGCUUGCCCGCUCUGACGCCCCAAGCUUGCGUCACAGGGGCCGCUUCAAGAUGGCAGGAGGAAGUGCCCGCUAACCCGGAAGCAGUACGUUUAGCGUGCAGGGGCAAGAUGGCGUGGGGUUGCUGUUCCCGAGUCUGGGCUAGGCAAGAGUUAUGGGGGUGCGGAAGCCGGGCACGCAGGUUUAUUCUGUAUACAUACACACAACAAAGGAGUGGAUUUAGAAGACCAGCACAGAAGAGUGAUCCCCACAGGACAAGUCUGGAAACUGGCACUAAACCACGAAAAAGUGGUUUAUCUCCUAUAGUUGAGGACCCUGUCUUUCAUACAUCUUCCCAUUCAGCGAAGAGGCUUGUGAAACCAUUCAUCUUUACAAUUGGGUUUUCAGGCUGUGCUUUUGGAUCAGCUGCCAUUUGGCAAUAUGAACAUGUUAAAGGCAGGGUCCAGAACUAUUUUGAAGGUGCGCGUGCAGACUGGAUGGAUAGAAUGCAACCACAGAAAGAGAUGAACUUCAGAAGGCAGAUAAACCUGUGGUGGAAUAGUCUGAGCAACGGGCAACAGGCUGUGUCAGGCAUUAUAGCUGCAAAUAUCUUUGUGUUCUGUUUAUGGCGGGUACCUGCUUUGCAACGGACUAUGAUCAAAUAUUUCACAUCCAAUCCAUCUUCCCGAGUUUUGUGUUCUCCGAUGGUGCUGUCUGUAUUUAGUCAUUUCUCAUUUCUACACCUGGCAGCCAACAUGUAUGUUUUGUGGAGCUUCUCAACCAGCAUAGUCUCUCUUCUAGGACGUGAGCAAUUCAUGGCAUUGUACUUCUCUGCUGGGGUUGUUUCCACAUUUACCAGUUAUAUCUUCAAAAUCGCCACAGGAAGGUUUGGACCAUCACUUGGAGCUUCAGGUGCUCUAAUGACAGUCCUUGCAGCAGUUUGUACAAAAAUGCCAGAAGCCAAGCUAGCUAUAAUAUUUCUUCCAAUGUUCACAUUCACAGCUGGAAAUGCUUUAAAAGCCAUUAUUGCACUGGACAGUGCAGGACUUCUCUUGGGAUGGAGGUUUUUUGAUCAUGCAGCACAUCUUGGUGGGGCUCUGUUUGGCAUGUGGUAUGUAACAUAUGGGUAUCAGCUUAUAUGGAAUAACAGAGAACCAGUGGUGAAGGCUUGGCAUGCAUUGAGGACACGGAGUCCAAAGAAGUGAAGUGGGGCUUCCGCGUGCUGCACAAGAUACGUGUACAGAACUGCUGUUGUACUUUAAUGACAGGGAAGUGGCUUGGUUGUUGCUUUAUUACAAAGGAAGUAUUGGGAUCCUUAGUUUCUAAGUAGUAAUCCACACUUGACAAUAUGUGUAUUUGGUAAGAAAUAUGACAGAAUUUAAAAAUAAAGAUUUAUAUCUUGCUGCUUUA